CGCCAUGAGAGAAAACACACACACACACACACACACACACGUGGGAUCCGCACAGGUGAGACUACUCAGGUUAUCGCAUCCAAAACAACCACAAAGAGCAGCCAUGAAGGUCAUCGUGGUACUCGCCCUCGCUGUUUUCACUGCAGGUUGCAAUGGCAACAUUCUGUGGCAAAACCAGCCCAAGAGCCAGGCGGACUUGGUGAAAGAUGCUUUCUGGGACUACGUCGCCAAGGCAACCACCACCGCCGAGGACUCUCUUAAGCAGAUCAGGGAGUCCGAGCUGGGAGCGGAAGUGCAGACCCUCAUCACUGAGAGCGCAGACGCCGUCAACAAGCUCACCGACCCUCUCUGGACUCAGGUGGCUCCUCUGAGCCAGGACCUCGUGUCUAAGUUCACCCAGGAGGCCGAGCAGCUGAAGACCCGCCUGGAGAAGGACCUGACCUCUUUGGGACACAGCCUGCGACCCCACGCCGAGGAGCUCGUGGCUCACCUCCAGAGGCAGGUGGAGAAGCUGAAGAAGGACGCCACGCCCUACGCCGAGAACGUGGACCCCGAGGCCCUGAAGGCCGCCGUGCUGCAGAGGAGCCAGGAGCUGAGGGUGCAGCUGGAUGAGAGCAUGAGCCAGCUGCAAGCCCAGAUGGUGCCCUACGCCGAGGAGAUCAAGGAGAAGAUGGAGCAGAGCCUGGACGAGUUUCAGAAGAGCCUGGUCCCCCUGACCCAGAGCUUCGAGAUCCAGCUGAACCAGAAGACCCAGGAGAUCCAGCAGAACCUGGCUCAGAGAGGAGAGCAGCUGAGGGCCAAGCUGGAAGUCGACGGCCAGAACCUGAAGAGGCAGCUGGCUGCUCUGUGGGAGUCUUUUAAUAAGAUGUCCCAGUAAAUGGACUAAUAACACUGCUGAGUUCAUGGGACUGAUACAAAAGUGCAAUACCUCACUUCUUUUAACUUUAUGGAUGAAAGAUGCUCUUCAAGGAUUGACCUCAAUAUUUCCUCUACUGCUGUCUAUUAUAAGUCUGUAACAAUAAAU